AUAUGAGUGUUUACAUGAGCAGGCUCGGAGAUAAUCUGUAUCCCGUAUAGCGACAUUGGUUUUUGGAUGUGAACUACAACUCCCAGAAUUCAUUGCGCAGCUGCUAUUAGAGGUGUGAGCGGGGAAGUUUCAGCAGUUCAACAAAUGUGCGUGGGAAGUCAGCAAUGCUUACUGUCCGUGUAAGUAAUGUAGCAUAACCUCACAUUGUGUAAGCACUGAUGGUAUGGAGGCUGUUUUGCCAUCAGUUGCAGAAGAACUUCUACGGGAGAUAAAACGGUGUUACCAGGAGACCUCAGAAAUUUCUGAUGAACAUCUACUGGGACUGAAGUUUAUAUUUGGGCCCACAGCUUUAUAUGCCCUGGAUUUAGUUGAUCAGCGUUCAGUAACACAUGUGACCAGUCCCAGCAGAAGAAGCACAUUUCAGGUUACAGGAAGCUCUGGUAAAAUGUACACCUGUUAUAAGGCCUGCCACUACUGCUCCUGUCCUGCCUUCUCUUUCUCUGUGCUCAGACGGCAUGAAAGUAUGGUGGUGCGCCAAAAAGACCCUCUUGUGCAAACAUAUCCUUGCAGUUUACCUGAGCCAAGCCAUGGGGACCUGCCAGGAACUUAUGGUGUCUGAUAAGCAGAUGAUUGAAAUUCUACUGGCAAAAGAGGACUAACUCCAUAUAAUGACCUGCAAUGAUAGGUGUCUGCUGUUUCAUUGAACCAUCUAGAUCAGCAUAGUAAAAAAUGCUAUAUGUAUACUUUUGUCUAAGGAAAAUAUACAAUUAUUUAGAUAUAUGUAGCCCAUUUAUGUAACACACUUGAUGUGUGCUUUGAUGGCCCAACCAGCACACAUGAAAGCACUCUGUAAAUAUCACCUCAAAAUGCAGCCUCAUGUCUGUCAGUACACGGUACCACCCCCAUUCCAUAUAAAUAAAAGGUUUCUGUUUUUGUUUAAAAAAAAAAACAUUCUCAGUUUUUCCUUGCUAAUGGUUUAAACAAAUCA